AACAUAAUGACUAAUAAAAAUUAAUUUUUUCUAAAAAAAUCUAUGGAACUCAUCUUGUAUCUAGGUAUCUGGCAUGUAUUAUUUUCUGCAAAGGUCAAGUAUAAUUUCAUAUUUGGUAGUCAUAUUGAUUGGUUUCAUACUUCAACUUAGUUAUAAUAUUUGCAAAGUUUUAGCAUAAAUCUCUAGUAUCGAAAUAUUACAUUCACAUUUAAGUUCACUGUGUAAACGAAUAAAAGAAAAUAUUUUGUUUUGCUGUUGAUAGUCCUGUAAAAUUCGAAAACCGGCAUGACUGUCAGCGGUAGUUAAUGGUCACACUUUCGUAAACAUUUGUUGAAUCAAAGAUAACAAAUAGUGUUAGUUAAACAUUGUUAAAUUUUUAAAUAGCUAUUCAACAAUGGAUACUAUAAACGAUACCACUGAACAUUUGGAUCGAUCUCUUCAAAUGUAUAAUCAAGAAAACGCUCACCGAAAAUCGUUUUUAAGGUUAAGCGGGAAAAGCACAACUCCCAGAAGAAUAUCAAUGCAAAACAGUAAUUAUUCUCGAAAGGAUUUAGAUGAUUCACAACAAUUAAAUGACAUUAAUAGUUCUAGAGUGUCGAAUAAAUCUUAUAUUAAUUCAAAGUUAAUGAAAGGUUAUGAUAUUUUGGACAUGGACAAUUCCUUAACGCUAGCACCUCAUGAAAUACGCGAUAUAAUGGCUGCAUCUGAAAAGAAUGAGCUUACUUUAAGGGAAAUGAUGGAAGACAGCAGUGCAACUGGAAUGAUUUUAAAGGCUAAAGAGCCAUGGAGGGAUGUCAUGUCUAAAUUAUAUUAUGACUUUUUACAUAGUAUGCAGAUGAAUUUUUCAGAGGCGCAAGUAUUUGAUACCAUUGCUGAUUUCAUACAGAAUUGCACAGACACUUUGGAUAUAAUGAGAGGUAUGCAAUCAAAAGUAGAAACCAUGGAGGUGUCAGAAGAAGAAGUUUCUUUAGAGAAUGAAAGAAAUACAUGGAGACUAGUUUACUGUCUAUAUCAAAAUCGAAUAAAUAGCCUUAACUUUCCCACUGCAAUGGAGGAGGAUUCAGAUGAAACCGUGUCUUACAUAUCUGAAAAAAUUGUAAUAGAUAACUUAUUUAAGACUGAAAGUUUCAUCAGAGAAUAUCAAUUAAUAAUUGAUUGGUUAGAAAAAAAUGCAUUAGAUCAAGCAGAUAAAUAUCCAUGUACAGAACACUUUACUGAUAAAACUCUUGCAUGGGAGAACACAGUUCGGCAAUUACUCACUUACAAGGAUAAAGAUUCAAUUCCAUUUCGUUCGAGUAGACCAUUAGUAUCGUCUUUAGAUCCAGAUGCUCCAAUCAGAGAAGGUAAACCUCUACAUGAUCUGGACAGAGAAGAUGAUGCAAGACUUGAAAAAAGAAUGUUCAUAGAGGUACGUUGUGGUCGACUUUCAAAGGCACAGGCACUAGCUGAGUACUGUGGACAACCAUGGAGAGCUGCUUGUUUAUUAGGCUGGAUACCUUAUCAUGAUCCUAAUUAUAAAAAUCCAUUGUCUGAUACUAAACUACCUAUUGAAGGAAAUCCAAAUAGAAGUCUUUGGAAAUUAUGUGCAUGGGACCUUUCCCAAGACAAACGCGUAGGUCAAUUUUAUCGUGCCAUUUAUGCCAGCCUUUGUGGAAAUGUCCAACAAAUGCUGCAGGUUGCAUCCUCUUGGCAGGAUGCAUUAUGGGCAUUUAUGAAGACACUGUUGGAUAUUAAAGUUGAAAGGGAAGUGAGGGAUUUGGUAAUUAAAAGCUUCACUAAUAUGCCCGAAGAUUAUUGGAAGAACGAAAUCUCUUUGGAACAUGUUUUUAAAGAACUCCAUGCGUCCAAAAACCCAGUUAUCCGUUCACAAUCGAACGCACCAGAUCAUUUGAUUCAAAAAUAUUUAAUUUUGGAUCAAAUACCUAAACUAAUGGAGGAAAUAGAGAAUGUGAUAGAUAUGAGGAUCUGUGAUCCUCACUUUUUGCGCUUCUUAGCUCACCUGAUAUUCUUUUUCCGACAAAUUGGGAAAAAUGUAAACGAUAAAGUUGGCGAUAAAGUUCUGAUGGCGUACGUUCACGUCUUAAUUGAAAUGGAUGAUCCAAUUUUAAUCGCUUUCUACACUGCCAUGUUGCCUCAGGAGUCUCAAAUAACGAAUUACGCCUGCUAUUUGGAGAAUAUAAAAGACUACGAACAGCGUAAGAAAUGUUUAACUGCCGCAGAGGAUGCGAAUUUGAACGUGGAAGCGAUUACAAAAUUAGUGGUAGAGCGUAUUCGUGCCAAAAAUGUGAACACUGACGAUACAGACUUGAAAGGCACAAUAACUGAUAAUGAUCUAGAAAAAAUCAAUGCAUUGGAUUGGUUAAUAUUUUAUCAAAGCCAACGAAAGGAAGCAUUAUGGCAAACUAACGCUCUUAUAAGAUAUUUCUUAAUGAAUGAAAAGAUUGAUGCUGCACGAAAGGCAUUUAAUAAGAUUCCAGCAGAUUCAAUUGAAUCUGUCAUGGCCGAGUAUCCAACAAUGGAGGGCACUAUAACUAAUCUUACCAUUUCGAAUAAUUUAUCAAGAAGAGCGUCUUCGGCGAUUCGAGAGUACCUUUGUUACAAAACUUACCUGGACGCUCAAGAGGGUUUUGCAGAGUGGUUCUCUCAUUAUCAUCAUGGGAAACCUACUCCAUUAGAAGAGUUACCUCCUUAUGCCACUUUCACCGAGAAGGUUGCAUACGAGCAUAAAAAAGCACAAUAUGAUACAGAAAUGGCGAGGUGGAAAUGCACGAUGCAACACCAUACAAAGGCUGUCAAACAAUUACUUUUUAAUGUGCUCUUGUUUCCCGAUGGUGGUUGGUUGGUCGACUCAAAUAACGGUAACGAUGAAUCUUAUACACCGGAAGAAGAGAUGCGAGAAGAGGAGAUGGAGAAGCUGAGGCAACUUUGUAUUCCAAAAAUUACGCUACUUCUUCAUUCGGUAAUGACUGAAAUGAACGAGCACGCUGGAUGCAUUCAGUUAGCGGAUAUCUUAGCCUCGGAGCAACAUCAACUUUACCAGGUGUUCCAGAAAAGCAGACUACGCGAAGUGUUUAAGAAAAUCUGCGAAUCAUCUCUUAUCCUGAUGGAUCAGAAGAAAGAUCCUUGGGGCUAUCCGAAAUGAACCUUUUAGGCAAAUUGUAGGUGAUAAUUGAAAGAAAUUUCGUACACAAUAAAAUUCGGAUUAUUGUGAAAGUACUAUCCCUACACAGUGCUGAGGGAUCUGGCUAAUUCGUAUGUUUCAGUAUUCGACUGUACAUGUAUUAGGUAUCUAUUGUUUACGGAUCGAAUCGUUGAUAGCACCCUGUACAAAAUCGCCUCUAUCUUUUUUAUAAAACCAGUUUAUUGUCAACCACAAGAAGUGAAUAUAAAAUUUGAUACAAUGUUCAAUAAUUCAUAAUCAUA